UUCAAGAUGGCGCUGGACUGUGGCCGGGAUGCCGCUGCUGCUGCGACUAGCUAACAGUUGGGGGAUUUAAUUAAUCUUCUGCCCGGUGGCGACGCAAGAAAGCGGCCGUGAAGCGUACCUUUGUCUGCAUUAAACACCUGAGACGGAAAUGUUGCGCCGGGUGUGUGUCAGGUAGCGUUAAACCGGCUCUGAAAAUGCAGGUAGCCCCUUCCUCCAAGAACAACAAAACCUGCUGCUGCGGAGCUCGGCCCACCGGGCAGGGGGACUCGUUGCAGGAACUUACGCCCGCGGCAGAGGCUCGCUUGUGGGACUGAGAAGUCAUGGAGACUGUGAGGGAGAACGGAGGGUCGUUCGGAGUCGACUUGAACGAGAACGAAGAGGGAGAAAGAGGUGGCGGAGCGGGGAAAUCAGCACUCAGAGACCGCAGCAUCGCGCUGCUAGCCGGGGUCAGCGCGGUGCAAGACGCUGGGAAGGCUUUCACCGGCCUCGGCAGGGAUGUAAACACUGACGCCUCCUUGAAAGGGAAGAUAAUGCUGGAGAGGCUGUUCCCCGGCCAGGUUUCCGGGGUCUGCGGGGACCACAGUGGCCUGAACGGGUUCACUGAGGAGGAGCUGUCGGUGGUCGAGUUGGAAUUAGGAGGAGGGCUUGGCCUUGAGGGCACCACAGCUGCUUCCUGUCCAGCUGUGCUCUCAGUGGAGAAGAUGCGGGGGGACAGCAAAGAAGAAGCCCGGGACUCAGACUGUGUUAGCCCGGGGGGAGAGGCAACAGGAGGCGGGUGUAUCAGGACUGCUCUGCCCGGCCAUGAGCUGGCAUGCGCGGUGAGGGAGCACCGGCGGAACUGCGCCUGCACCGCGGGGGUAAACAUGCCCAACGGGGCUGCUGACAGCUGUGAGGGGGAGGCAGGGUUAUUUCCCACCCAGCAGCUUUGCGUUUGCGACUGUGAAGAAGUGAAAGUGGCCAACGGGGGUUUCCACACACAGGACCUGGACUCGGGCUGCUCACCUGAAAACACCCCUGACUGUCAGUUUAAAUCGAAGUCUAGGCAUGAGAAGAGGGUAGGGUCCCCUGGAUUAAGUGCCAAAUCCCCCUCUCCCUGCCCUUCAUCCAGUGGCAGCCCGCUCUCUGAGCGCAACACCAGGGAUGAAGAGGAGGUGGAGGACGAUGAGGAGGGUUUCAGUGACCCCAGCUCACCUCCCGUCAGGCCGCAGAGUCUGAGGACUAACCCCAACGUGGCCGUGUCCCUCAGCUGUGACGCCACCCCGCUGUCCCCAGAGGAUGAGGAGGAUGGGGGCUUUUAUUUUGAAGGGUACGAGGAAGACCUGAGGGGCGUUUUGGAGGCGGGUCGCCGGCAGAGCGCUCCGGACACGCUGCCGGACCUGAACCAGGACAGCUCGGACCCCAAGCAGAUGCCAAAGAGGUUCGGCAUCGCAGAUUUCUUCACCAGGAGCCUGUUUUCUAGGAAACCCAAAGAGCCCAAAGCGACGUCUCACAGCUCAGCAGGGUGGCGACUGUUUGGCAAGACCGCAGCCAGAGAAGGCGAUACGAGCAAAGACCUCGCCUCCACGCCGACCGCGGAGCAGUCUCCUCAGCAGGAGCCGAUGAAGGACUCCAGCGUGCCCUCGUGUCCUCAGCGGCCCCUGCUUGCAGGGAGGAGGAAAAACCUGGAGUUUGAACCUCUUUCCACCACGGCUCUCAUCUUGGAGGACCGCCCUUCGAACCUGCCGGCUAAAUCUACGGAGGAAACUCAGAGACACAAGCUGGAGUACGAGGAGAUGGUGGCAGGAGCCAAGAGGAGAGAGCUGAAAGAAGCCCAGAGGAAGAAGCGUCAGAUGAAGGAGAGACACCGGCAGGAGGACAGCAUCUCCAACGCCAUGGUCAUCUGGAACACCGAGAUCCUGCCUCACUGGGACUCCAUGAAGGGAACGAGGCGGGUCAGAGAGCUGUGGUGGCAGGGCCUUCCCCCCAGCGUCAGAGGAAGAGUUUGGAGCCUCGCUAUCGGCAACGAGCUGAACAUCACACCAGAGCUCUAUGAGAUCUUCCUCUCCAGAGCCAAAGAGAAGUGGAGGAGUUACAGCGAGACCAGCUCGGUGAACGACAGCGAGAGCGAUGGAGGAGCAUCUCUGGCUGACAGAGAGUCCAGCCUGGAUCUCAUCAAACUAGACAUCUCCAGAACCUUCCCCUCGCUCUUCAUCUUCCAGAAGGGCGGUCCGUACCACGACCUCCUCCACAGCGUGCUGGGUGCCUACACGUGUUACAGGCCUGACAUUGGCUAUGUGCAGGGCAUGUCCUUCAUCGCUGCUGUGCUCAUCCUCAACCUGGAGGAGGCCGAGGCCUUCAUCACCUUUGCCAACCUGCUCAAUAAACCCUGUCAGAUGGCCUUCUUCAGAGUCGACCACGAACUGAUGUUGAAGUAUUUUGCAGCCUUUGAGAUUUUCUUCGAGGAGAAUCUUCCUCGUCUCUUCAGCCACUUCCAGACCAACAGCCUGACCCCUGACCUCUAUCUGAUUGACUGGAUCUUCACUCUGUACAGUAAGUCACUCCCUCUGGACGUGGCGUGCCGGGUGUGGGACGUCUUUUGCCGGGACGGCGAGGAGAGCUUAUUCCGGACGGGUCUGGGCAUCCUGCAUCUGUACGAGGAAGUCCUGCUGCAGAUGGACUUCAUCCACAUCGCGCAGUUCCUCACGCGCCUGCCGGAGGACCUGCAGUCGCACACGCUCUUCAACGCCAUGGCCAGCACGCACAUGAUCAGCAGGAACCGCCGCUGGGCUCAGGUGUUUUCUGCCUUGAUGAAGGACGGAAAUAAAGAGGCGGAUAAAAACACGAGUCCAGCUUUGAGAAGCUAACCCCGACGCUAACUCCAGCUGUACUCAAACUAACGUCUGGCUUCGGGGAUGUCGGAGCUCGCGCUAGCUCCCCCUGCCGCCAACCACAGAGGCUAGUUGUGUAUCUUGAAGCUGCGUAGCCUGAAGCUAAACUCAGUCCUGGGCUCAGCUACGAAGCUUGAAGUGAAGACGAGGCAGCCGUGGAGGUGGGGGCGGAGCCGCUGACCCGUCUUGGGAAAGGAAGCGGCAGCUCCGGCGAUUCCUGAAACCUCUGCUGGGACCAGAAGCGUUCGGUUACUCCUGAUCUUCAGCUGCCAGUCAGUAUUUCUCACAGAUUGUGUUCCACAGCUGGGGAGUCACAGGCGGCUGGGAAAAAAACCUAAAAGCAGUCCGACUCGGCCAUCGUUUGGCUCCUCCGGGUCGAGACGGCGCUAACACUGAGCGUCACGCCCUGCGUAAUUCUCCAAGACUCUAAAUCUAACUGUAGGUGCUAAUGAGUUUCUCAAGGCUUCAGAAAUGUCCUCUGUGGUUCACUUAUUAAUGUGAGUCCUUGUGGUUCGAGUUCACAAACACUCUUUUACUUUGCUGCUUUUGUUGUAAUAUUAGCUUCAAGAAAGACGGCAGUCUGCACUACUUUAAUCUGCUAGCAAAACAAACUCACAACACGGGAGAUUUGGGUGGAAGUAAAACUAAAGUGUUGCAGUUUACUCGCUGCUUCUCUGUCACCAGUUUUGGUGGGAGCUGCCCAGUUUGGGAGAUAUCUGCUGCCUUCUCAGAACUAAACUCAAAAAGCAUUUUUAAUAUAAUUCUGUCGUUCUGGGAAUCAAGACCACCUUCCUUAAAAAAGGAUUCAUGUACCCAAACUCACUGUGAGCAUGUUUCAGGAUCUGUGCAGAAGGAAGCGUCGAUCUGUCGCGCGUCGAUCCGUUAGCUUAGCGCCCCGCUGAACAGCAGUCAUUUUACCAGAACCAAUCAGCAAACAACCUACAGGUGACAUCACCUGCCCACACUCCCAAGUCAGCCGGCCAACGAUGUGGUUUGACGCUGCUGCCCUUCAUUAAAGUCAGUCUAACGUGUUUUAUUAGAGCCUGUAGAUGUUACCUAGCAACCACCACUAGAGUGCAGUGUGUGACAGGAAGCUGUAACCGAGCAGCACGGAGCAAAGAGGGACGGCAUCCGUGCUAACCUUUAACAUCAACGCUGAGCCUCGUCUAAUCGGCUGUGCUCGACUUUUGUUACGUUCAAACUCGUCCACUGGUCCCACGCACAGGUUUUGUGGAUUUUUGUGAUUAAGUCGGUUAUGAUUUUUGGAAAAAGACUUAUAGACGAUAGUCCUGACCAGACGCUGAGAGCUGACGGCAAAUUCAAAGCGUCACCUUCUGACGCCGCACCCUCUCCACCUCACGCUCCGUGUUCCCGUCACUUGUGCACAAGAUCCUGAACUCCCUCAUUUGGUGGAAGAAGCAACAGCCUGCUGUUUUCUGGCUCAUUCAUUCGAUUCGUGUUCAAGAGAAGGCAGCCUUUAUCUGUGAAGUUAGAGCGCUCUCACCAGUCACUCGAAGGAAACCAGGGCUGAACUGGCCCUUUAAGGACGAGCAGAUGGUGAAAGUGAUUACAAAGGAUGCAGUUAAUGAAA